AGAGUUCUUAAAGAAUUAAUAGACUUUUUUCACAAGUUUUAAGUUGUUUCAUUUUACCAAUUUUUCUUUGCUUAUUUAUCCUGAAGUCAGUUUACAUAUGUAUCUAUCAGUUGUUUAAAAGUUCUUAACAAACAUAGAAUACACAUACGUAAAAGUGCAUAAAUCCUAGGUGUGUCGUCAUGAAUUGUCGCAAAGUGAGCACCCUGUCUACGCAGCGCCCCGGUCCCCCUCGUGCCUCUUCCUACUCACUGCUGCCUCUGCCCCACAGCAGCCACCAUCCUGAUUUCUGACACUGUUGAAUGACUUUCCCUAUUUUGAAUUUUGUAAAAUAGAAUCCUACAGUGUGUGUCCUUCUAUGCAUAGCUGCUUUCAUUCAAUGUUUUUUGUGAGAUUCCUCCUUGUGUGGGGUGUUGUAGUAGUGCACUUUCCUUGCUAUGUAAUGGAAGGGCCAUGAUUUAUGUAUCCGUUCUGCAGGUUGAUAAUUUGCUUUGUUUUCAGUUUUUGGCUAUUAUGAAAAAUCCUAUUUUGAAAAUUUUUGUGCCUGUCUUUUGAUGGGUUUUAAAGCGAUCGUACCAAUUCCGUAAGAAGAGUACAAGAGCUCCCAUUGUUCAGUAUCCUUGCCGUUAACAUUUUUGUGAAUCAGUUUAUAAAAUGAAAAUGAUGUCUUGGUUUAUUAUGAAAAUAACAAAUGCUAAUUGCAGAAACUUUGGUGCAACACAGGUAUGUAAAGUUCAGCAAGUGAAAGCCUCUGAAAUGCCACUGCCCAGAGAUGGUGACGGCAACUUGAUGUUCGUCCUUCUGAGUUUUUCUUUUAAUGCAUGCAUUUCUUUUUUUUUUAAUGAAUUUUUUUAUUGAAGUAUAGUUGAUUUACAAUGUUUUAGAUAUACAGCAAAGUGAUUCAGUUAUAUAUACAUAUAUAUAUUCUUUUUCAGAUUCUUUCCCAUUAUAGAUUAUUACAAGAUAUUGAAUAUAGUUCCCUGUGCUAUACAGUAGGUCCUUGUUUAUCUAUUUAAUGUGUAGUAGUGUGUAUCUGUUAAUCCCAAAUUCCUAAUUUAUCCCUCCCCCCCCCCACCCCCUGCCUUGGUAACCAUAAGUUUGUUUUCUGUGUCUGUGAGUCUUUUCUGUUAUGUCAGUAUCAUUUUUUUUAGAUUCCAUAUGUAAGUGAUAUCAUAUAUUUGUCUUUCUGAUUUACUUCACUUAGUAUGAUAAUUUCUAGGUUCAUCCAUGUUGCUGCAAAUGACAUGGUUUCGUUCUUUUCUUAUGGCUGAGUAAUAUUCCAUUGCUUAUAUGUACCACAUCUUCUUUAUCCAUUCAUCUGUUGUUGGACGUUCAGGUUGCUUCCUUGCCUUGGCUAUUGUGAAUAGUGCUGCUAUGAACAACUGGGGUGCAUGCAUCUUUUUGAAUUGGAGUUUUUGUCUUUUCUGAGUAUAUGCCCUGGAGUGGGAUUGCUGGAUCAUAUGGUAUCUCUGUUUUUAGUUUUUUAAGGAAUCUCCAUACUGUUUUCCAUAGUGGUUGCACCAGUUUACAUUCCCACCAACAGUGUAGGAAGAUUCCCUUUUCUCCACACCCUCUCCAGCAUUUAUUAUUUGUAGACUUUUUGAUGAUGGCCAUUCUGACUGGUGUGAGGUGAUAUCUCAUUAUAGUUUUGAUUUGCAUUUCUCUAAUAAUUAGUGAUAUGAAGCAUCUUUUCAUGUGCCUGUUGGCCAUCUGCGUGUCUUCUUUAGAGAAGUGUCUAUGUAGGCUUCUAAUGCAUGUAUUUCUUAAUCAGAAAUGGAAUUAUAUUAGUGGUUCUCAGCCCUAGCUGCAUAUUACAAUCACAUGAGGAGUUUAAAAACUGUCAGUGCUUGUGCCUUAGAGAGGAAUUAAUCAAAACCUUGCAGGGGAGGCAGGCAUUUUUAAAAUUUUUCAUGAGCUUUAAUUAACAUACAGCCUUAGGUCAAGGACCACUGACCUGUCUAGAUCUGUGUACACGUUUAACUUUUAUUUACUUAAUCUGUGUACAUCAUCCUUUUUUAACAGCUGUAUAUUUUCUGUUAGAUCAGUAUUUGUUCUUCAGCCUCCUAUUGGAGACAUGAAAUGUAGUUUUUCAGGUGCUACAUGUAGACAACUAAGUUUAUACAGGAGGAGUCUUGAAUUAUCCAUUUUAUUUUGUAUGCCCAAAAUGUCUGUAUAAUUGUCUUUUUCCUUGAGGAGGAGUAGUUGUUGAAUAUAUUGAAUAAAGUUGAAGCACAAUGUAAGACUUUGGGAACAUGUGGAAAUUAAACUUUCACUCACUAGGACUAUUCAGGUGAACGUAGGGCAGUCUAACACAGUGUGUAGUUUAAAAAAUGCUCAGGUUGAAGCUUAUGAAUUUCUCACUUUUGUAGAUCAGAGUGGUUGAAUAGCAGCUUGUUUGUACUUGGCCAUGAAUAUAGUAUGUACUUAGCGAGUUCUAAAAGAGGUGAGAGUAUUCAUGGUUCCUGUUAUUUAUUUGGGUUCUUAGGAAACAAACCUGAAAUGGAAAUGGUCCUGAUAUAAAAAAUCUAAAAGUGGGUAAACUAUUUUAUAACAAUUUUAAUGUUACUUUUGGAAAUGAAUUAUACAGAUUACAAGUAUGUAACCAACACCCUUGGCCAAGUGAUCUCACCACCCAGUAGCACAGCGUCCUCCCCAAAGCGGGCAUAGUGAGUGACUGACUGUGAUAGGGAGUAAAAGAAGUAUUUUUUUGUUGUUUAACAUUUUAAUUGGUAUCUGCCCCUAAAUUGAACUACAGGUUGCAUAGACACAUAAAGAAAACUUUCUUACAUUUUUUACAAGGCAAAUAAACUAAUCAAGGAGGAGCUUCAGAGUCAAGUGGAGUUGCUAAACUCUUUUGAGAAAAAAUACAGUGAUCCUGGACCUGUGUAUGACUGCUUGGUGUGGCAUGACGGUGAGACCUGGAGAGCCUGCAUUGAUUCGAAUGAAGAUGGGGAUUUGAGUAAAUCUACUGUUUUGAGAAACUACAAAGAGGCCCAGGAAUAUGGCUCUUUUGGCACAGCUGAGAUGUUGAAUUACUCUGUCAAUAUAUAUGAUGAUGGAAACCUUCUCUCCAUAGUGACCAGUGGAGGCGCUCACGGAACACACGUGGCUAGUAUAGCUGCUGGGCAUUUUCCAGAAGAACCUGAACGGAAUGGUGUAGCUCCUGGUGCUCAAAUUCUUUCCAUCAAGAUUGGUGAUACCAGACUAAGCACAAUGGAAACAGGCACAGGCCUUAUCAGAGCUAUGAUAGAAGUUAUAAAUCAUAAGUGCGAUCUUGUCAACUACAGCUAUGGAGAAGCAACUCACUGGCCAAAUUCUGGGAGAAUAUGUGAAGUAAUUAGUGAAGCCGUGUGGAAGCACAAUAUAAUCUACGUCUCAAGUGCUGGGAAUAACGGCCCCUGCCUCUCCACAGUCGGGUGUCCAGGAGGGACCACGUCAAGUGUGAUAGGUGUUGGUGCCUACGUUUCUCCUGAUAUGAUGGUGGCGGAGUAUUCUCUGAGAGAGAAGUUACCUGCAAAUCAGUACACGUGGUCUUCUCGAGGCCCCAGUGCCGACGGGGCCCUGGGCGUGAGCAUCAGCGCCCCGGGAGGCGCCAUAGCCUCCGUGCCUAACUGGACGCUGCGGGGGACUCAGCUCAUGAACGGGACGUCCAUGUCUUCUCCCAACGCGUGCGGGGGCAUCGCCCUGAUUCUGUCAGGUCUGAAAGCUAACAAUGUUAACUACACGGUUCAUUCAGUCAGGAGAGCUCUCGAGAACACUGCAGUGAAGGCUGACAAUAUAGAAGUAUUUGCCCAAGGACAUGGUAUUAUUCAGGUCGAUAAAGCCUAUGACUACCUCGUUCAGAAUACAUCAUUUGCUAAUAAAUUAGGUUUCACUGUUACUGUUGGAAAUAAUCGUGGCAUCUACCUCCGAGAUCCUGUUCAGGUGGCUGCACCUUCAGAUCAUGGCGUUGGCAUUGAACCUGUAUUUCCAGAAAAUACUGAAAACUCUGAGAAAAUAUCCCUUCAGCUUCAUUUAGCUUUAACUUCCAACUCAUCGUGGGUUCAGUGUCCCAGCCAUUUGGAGCUCAUGAAUCAAUGCAGACACAUAAACAUACGUGUGGACCCCAGGGGCUUAAGAGAAGGACUGCAUUAUACAGAGGUGUGUGGCUAUGAUAUAGCAUCGCCUAACGCAGGCCCUCUGUUCAGAGUCCCAAUCACGGCGGUUAUCACAGCCAAAGUAAAUGAAUCAACGCAUUAUGAUCUAGCCUUGACAGAUGUACAUUUUAAACCUGGUCAGAUUCGAAGGCAUUUUAUCGAAGUUCCUGAGGGUGCAACAUGGGCGGAAGUUACAGUGUGUUCCUGUUCUUCCGAGGUGUCCGCCAAGUUUGUUCUUCAUGCAGUGCAGCUCGUGAAGCAAAGAGCGUAUCGAAGUCAUGAAUUUUAUAAGUUUUGUUCCCUCCCAGAGAAAGGAACGCUGACUGAAGCUUUUCCUGUCUUAGGUGGGAAAGCAAUUGAGUUUUGCAUUGCUCGUUGGUGGGCAAGUCUUAGUGAUGUCAAUAUUGACUAUACCGUUUCUUUUCAUGGGAUAGUAUGCACUGCUCCUCAGUUAAACAUUCAUGCAUCAGAAGGAAUCAACCGUUUCGAUGUUCAGUCCUCCUUGAAAUAUGAAGAUCUGGCUCCCUGCAUAACUUUGAAGAGCUGGGUCCAGACACUACGCCCACUGAGUGCAAAGACAAAGCCUUUAGGAUCAAGAGAUGUUUUGCCAAAUAAUCGUCAACUUUAUGAGAUGAUCCUGACUUAUAACUUUCAUCAACCCAAGAGCGGGGAAGUGACCCCGAGCUGCCCGCUGCUGUGUGAACUACUAUACGAAUCGGAGUUUGACAGCCAGCUGUGGAUUAUAUUUGACCAGAACAAGAGGCAGAUGGGUUCCGGCGACGCUUACCCUCAUCAGUAUUCUUUGAAACUGGAGAAGGGAGAUUAUACAAUUCGACUACAGAUUCGUCACGAGCAAAUCAGUGAUUUGGAACGUCUUAAAGAUCUUCCGUUUAUUGUUUCUCAUAGGUUGUCUAAUACCUUGAGCUUAGAUAUUCAUGAAAAUCAUAGCCUUGCACUUCUAGGAAAGAAGAAAUCAAGUAACUUGACAUUACCACCCAAAUAUAACCAGCCUUUCUUUGUUACUUCCUUACCUGAUGACAAAAUACCUAAAGGGGCAGGACCUGGGUGCUACCUCGCAGGAUCCUUGACGUUGUCAAAGGCUGAACUCGGAAAGAAAGCUGGGCAGUCUGCAGCAAAACGACAAGGAAAAUUUAAAAAGGAUGUAAUCCCUGUUCAUUACUACCUAAUAUCUCCACCAACAAAGACUAAGAAUGGCAGCAAAGACAAAGAAAAAGAUUCGGAAAAAGAGAAAGAUUUAAAAGAAGAGUUUACUGAAGCGUUACGCGAUCUUAAAAUUCAGUGGAUGACAAAGCUGGAUUCGAGUGACAUUUAUAAUGAAUUGAAAGAAACAUACCCUAAUUAUCUUCCUCUGUACGUUGCACGACUUCAUCAGUUGGAUGCUGAAAAGGAACGACUGAAAAGACUGAGUGAAAUUGUCGAAGCUGCAAAUGCUGUUAUUUCUCAUAUCGAUCAAACGGCCCUAGCAGUUUAUAUUGCGAUGAAGACUGACCCCAGGCCCGAUGCAGCUAUUAUAAAAAAUGACAUGGACAAGCAGAAGUCGACACUGGUAGACGCCCUCUGCCGGAAAGGCUGUGCCCUGGCUGACCACCUUCUCCAGGCGCAGGCGCAGGAGGGGGCCGUGUCAAGCGACGCCGAAGGAAGAGAGGAGGAGGGAGAAGGCACCCUGGAUUCUCUGACGGAAACUUUCUGGGAAACUACAAAAUGGACGGAUCUUUUUGACAACAAGGUUUUGACAUUUGCAUACAAGCAUGCAUUAGUAAAUAAAAUGUAUGGAAGAGGCCUUAAAUUUGCAACUAAACUUGUGGAAGAAAAACCAACAAAAGAAAACUGGAAAAAUUGUAUUCAACUGAUGAAGCUGCUGGGAUGGACCCAUUGUGCGUCUUUCACUGAAAACUGGCUCCCCAUCAUGUAUCCUCCCGAUUACAGUGUGUUCUAGUAUAGGAACCAGGACUUUCAAUUUUAAAAAAGAGAGUUUUAUAGUGAAUGGAUUUAAAAACAAAUUUGUGGCAUUUUUAGUCUAAUGCAUGUUUUCAUCCGCUACCAAAUACUGAUUAUUAAAAUGAUGUGUAUUUAUCAGAGAAUUUGCUGGCGUGUGGCUUAAUACAUGUAAAUCUAGACCUCUGACAUCAUGGUGUUUUCUUAAUGCCUCACAUUGCUGGCAGCCGGCUGUACCCUGGCUGCCAGCACCAAGGACUUUGAGUUGGGUUGCAGCUAUUACAUGCAUGAGAGGUUUUGAACAGUAACUUUUAACUGCAGACCUGUAAAAUUCUAUUUUUUAUUUUAUAAAUGAACAGGGUUUUAACAUGCUCGACUUUUAAUUUUUAUCAAUUGUAUGAAGGCCUUAGAAAAGCUACAUUAAGUGUAGCUAAAAUUAUUUAUUGGACUAAAAAGUAACAGAACUUCAUUUUCAGAUUUUUUUUUUUUUUUUUUGGCAAACGUUUACAUUCAAUUAAGGGGAAGAAAUAAAACCGGCACAAAUAAAUGCUGGAGCAUAACUGCUUCAAUCAAUCUUCAUCUUGGAGUUAUUUCAGGCCAAUCAUUUUUAACAUCUUCUUGACGUGCAAAGCAUCAGAAUGAACUAAUAAUACAUGUAUAAGUGCCAGACAGCUUAAAUCUGUAUCAGGUAUUGUAAAGAUACACAUAUGGUAUGUUUAUUAAAGUUGAAAUAAUGUAAACACGUGAAUAAAUGUGCAAACCCAAGAUCACAGUACACCAUAUGCACUCUGAUACCUUAAUUUUUUUUAUAAAUAAUAAAAGUGAAUAUUGAAGCUUCUUA